CACCACCGCCCUCGCAAAAUAGGAUACCUUCGCUUCUAAGCUACACUCCAGUAUAUAUAAGUCUCGCUCAAACCGGUACCCGAGUCAGAAGUUAGGAACAGAAAUAAAUAUCACAGUGAGAGAAACAUAACAUCAAAACGAUGGAGACAGAGAUUGUGGUGAUCCCCUUUCAUGGCCAAGGCCAUAUCUUUCCUUGCAUCGAGCUGUGCAACCAGCUUGCUCGCCUUAAUCUCAAAACAACGGCUCUGAUUCCAUCCCCGAUCUCCUCCUCUCUUCGCCUUCACCCCUUGGUCCAAAUCAUGGAAACUUCCACCCAUUCUCCCCCUCCUCCACCUCCACAGUGGCCGGAGAACUCCCCUUCUCCAUCUUUUCCAGCCAUGUUAGACCCUUUAGAAUCCAUCUUACUGGAGCGAGUAGCUGCUGGAAAAUCACUCCCGACUGUUGUAAUUGUUGAUACCAUGAUGAGUCGGUUGCUCGAAACUUGCCGGAAAUUCAAGAUUCCGGCUGUUAGUUUCUUCACUUCGGGUGCUUGUGCGGCUGCCAUGGAGCACGCUUUAUGGAUGAAUUCACCCGAUAAAGUGACACAAGGCCAGGUUCUAACCCUAAAUGGACUCCCUGGCGAGAUGGCCCUAAGCUCGUAUGAGCUUAAACGCUUCUUUUUCCGUCCUCCUCAUCCUCCUCCAAAUCCCACCAGUAUUGAAAGCCAGAGGGUUUUUGGCAACAAAAACCAAGCAUUUCCUGGUUGGGAAUCGAAUCCACCCCCUUUGCCGGAAAAUAUGAGCCUGUUCCACAAAGAGAUGCCUUUUGACAGGAAAUUGCCGCCCCCUUUGCCGGAAAGUAUGAUGUCAUCUGCCGGUAAAAUGUUUUCUGGCCAAGGACCGCUCCCGCCACCACCACAGCCAGGAGGGCCACCCCGGUGGAUGGAGGAAACGCAGGGCUCUGUCGUGCUGAUGAUCAACACGUGUAGCGAUCUAGAGCGUCCAUUUCUCGAUUACAUGGCUGAUGUGGCAGGAAAACCGGUCUGGGGCGUUGGGCCCCUCCUGCCAUCAAGCUUCUGGGACUGGACUCAUGGGGAAUUCCACGAUUCUGCCGUACGCGCCACUAGGGAUUCCAGCGUCAGCGAGGAAGAGGUCCGCCAUUGGCUGGACAAUAUGCCACAUGGAUCGGUGCUCUACGUGGCAUUCGGCACGGAGGUGGGGCCUACAAGAACAGAAUUAGCCGAACUGGCGGUUGCGCUGGAAGAGACACACCGGCCGUUCAUCUGGGCCAUCCAGCGCAAUGCCGGCCGUCGGAUGCCCCCGCCACCACCAGGAAUCGCAGCCGAUGUCGAAGAACUGCGCCCACCACCACCAGGAAUCGCAGCUGAGGGCGUAGAAGGAGUCGACAACAUGAGCAUCUUGCCGGAGGGCUUUGAGCAACGUGUGGGUUCGCGUGGGCUCGUCAUCCACGGGUGGGCACCGCAGCUGAUGAUACUGAACCACACUGCGACGGGGGGGUUCCUGUCGCACUGCGGCUGGAACUCGAUGGUGGAAGCUGUCUGCGCUGGGGUGCCACUGCUGGCUUGGCCCAUACGUGGAGACCAGCACUACAAUGCCAAGAUGGUUGCGAGCUGGCUCAAGAUUGGCUCAAUCAUCAUGGAUACAGAGAUGGACGGGGAGAUCUCCAAGGAUGUGAUUUUAGCGGGGAUCGAACGAGUGAUGUCAGCUGUUGAGGCCAGGAGGCAAGUUGAGUCCAUUAGGAAGAUCUUCUCUGGAGGUUUUCCGGCUUCAUCUCGAUCGGCUCUGGAUGAUUUCCGGCAACUAGUGCAGCAGUUGAACCAGCAAGAAUGAUAUAAUGUUUUUUAUA